AUGGCCUGGUGCGCCCUGCGCAGCCGCGUCCUCCCGCUUCCGGCAGCCGCCGCCACCGCCGCGCCCCACGGCCUCCUCCUGCGCUUCCUCCUCUCCACCGCGGCCCCGCACUACCACCGGCGCCGCCGCGUCGCCCCCACGGCCCACGCCGCGGCAGCUGAGGCGCCGCUCCCCAUGACCCCCCGCUUCGGCCGGGCCACGCGGCACCCCGGGGGCGCCACCUCCGUGGCGCGCGUCUACGCGGACGCCAACGCGCAGCGGCCCAAGGAGUACUGGGAUUACGAGUCGCUCGACAUCCAGUGGGGGGAGCAGGAUGGGUACGAGGUGCUGCGGAAGGUGGGGAGGGGGAAGUACAGCGAGGUGUUUGAAGGCUUCCGGCCUGGAAGCGAUGAUAGAUGCAUCAUUAAGAUCCUCAAGCCCGUGAAGAAGAAGAAGAUAAAGAGGGAAAUAAAAAUACUUCAGAACUUAUAUGGAGGACCAAAUAUUGUAAAGCUACUUGAUGUUGUCAGAGAUGAGGAAUCAAAGACGCCCAGUCUGAUCUUUGAAUAUGUCAAUAACACUGACUUCAAAGUGCUCUACCCUGCACUAUCUGAUUAUGAUAUCAGAUAUUAUAUUUUUGAAUUAUUAAAGGCACUAGAUUAUUGUCAUUCACGGGGUAUCAUGCACCGAGAUGUCAAACCUCACAAUAUCAUGAUUGACCAUGAAAAACGCCAGCUUCGUCUUAUUGAUUGGGGUCUUGCAGAGUUCUAUCAUCCCAAGAUGGAAUACAAUGCUAGAGUUGCCUCAAGAUGCUACAAGGGUCCUGAACUUCUUGUGGAUUUGUUAGAUUAUGAUUACUCAUUGGAUUUGUGGAGCCUUGGUUGCAUGUUUGCAUCAAUGAUAUUCCGGGUGGACCCUUUCUUUAGUGGCCAGGAUAAUUAUGACCAGUUAGUGAAAAUAACUGAGGUUCUUGGCACAGAAGAUUUCUAUAACUACCUUGAAAAAUAUGGUCUCCAGCUUGACCCACAGCUGGAAAGACUUGUUGGAAGACAUAAUAGGAAACCAUGGACAAAGUUUGUCAAUGCUAGGAACAUACACCUAGUUAGCUCCGAGGCUAUCGAUUUGGUAGAUAAGCUCCUCCGGUACGAUCACCAGGAAAGGCCUACAGCAAAGGAAACCAUGGCUCAUCCAUAUUUCAAUCCAAUAAGAAGUUCCGAAAGCAGCAGGACAAAUUCACAAUAGCUACAGGAUGUGCAAAGGUGCACUUUCUUUUUUUUGUCAUGUGGCUCGAUACUGUGAUGCGAGGCAAAUGGCAUAUUUGACAAUUCUUUUGAACUGGUGCGAAAUAUGUAGAGAAAUGACUAUUAAGGCAGGUGUAUGGUUUGUCCAGCAUAAUGUCUUGGUCGGCAUGUAAGUGUCACAAUUUGUGUGUGAGUUAAUUAUUUUCAUCUGCUGACUGUUGUACUGGGAUGAAUUUAUAUCACCAGUGACCUUGAAUACCGCAUCACGUGGAGAGAAAAUUCAGGAUCACUUUCCUCAAUAUCAAAUGUUAUCUCAAUAGUACCA